AUGUCUUUACAUUCAUUCUAUCAACAAUACGAACAUCAAAAUCAUAACUCCUACUGUGAUUUAUCGACAGGUUCGAUAAAUGAUUUUGAAUAUUUCAACAUUGAUAAUGUUCGACAACAAAAGGAAGUUGAUGGUGCCAAGCCAUUUCGAAAACGUCGCGAUGAUACCAAUGACAUCAUCAGUAAACUCUAUGAUGCAACAUUAAUGCGACGGCCUGGCGAACGUGAAAUCGUACGUAUCGGUGGUCGAAAAAAUAAAAAUGAAAUUUUGGGUCUAACAAAUGCACGCUUCGUCAAGGAAAAACAUCUCAAUGGCGUUAAGUAUUUACGUGAUAUUGAGCUUGUACGAGGCAUUCACACAAAUGUGAAGAAUAGUGAAUUUGUUCUUGUUCUUCGUAAUGACGGUCGCAUUGUAGCUAUGAGCGAGGAGGUUGAACAUCAUUUAAAUAAAACAAUGCGUUCAUUGUACACGCAAUGUAUAAAUAUUUUCGAAUGUCUUGAUAAAGUCGAUAGCAAAAGCUUCCGAUCAAUUUUGAACUCAUCGGACGUCUUUACUAAUAAAGAACAUCGAUUAAUUUGUACUCUUCGUUUGCCCAAAGGUAAACGUCCAAGUCGAACACGAGAAGAUGUCAAGACCAUAGCAAUGGCUGGUCAUUUUUACUCAUGCAACAAUUCAAAUUAUGAUCGAUUAUUUAUUGCACGUUGUGAAGCUUUAGUGUCUCGUACAACAAAUGGAACGAGUUCAUCACAAAUGCCGCUUAUUAAUAAUUCAACGAUUAAAUUAACAUUAAAUGAUGAUAUGACCGUUGAUAUGAUAUCGUCAAAUGUAAAAGAUAUCCUCGGUUAUACAAGAAAUGAAGUAAUCGAAAAUUGGUUUGGACGAUUUCUGGAAACAAAUGAUUUAGAAAAAUUUGAAAAAAUACUUCAAACACAUUUACAAAAACCAACAAGUGUUCGAGAUAUAUUUGAUAUUUAUACAAAAAAUGGUGAACAUCGUUUGACAUUCUUAUGUCAAAUACGGCCAACACGCGAGCGCCGUUCAAAAUCGGUUAAAUACUCAAUUGUUGCUCAAUUAAUUGAUCCAUCAAUGAGAGAUGAAUAUAUGAAAUAUAUUUAUGCAGAAACUAAACCAGAUCAAGCACAAAUACCAGUGAAAGCCGAACAAGUAAAUCUGGCCUCCCCAUCGGUGCCAAAAGCAAGUGAAGAUAACAUCUUUGUGCUAAGUCCAUCGCUCGCCAUGGGUCUUCUCUGGCCAGAAUGUGUCUGCAAAGAUGAGCCUUGUCACGGACAACAAUUAUCACCAGUCACUCGAUCACUCUCUCAAGUCGUGGCACCAGUCAUAUUCGAUGAUGAAUCUGCACAGGUAUUCCAACAUCAAUAUGAACAAUGUGCAACACAUGUACCUCUUGAAUAUUGGCAAGAAAAUUUAAUCGAUGAUACGUACAUGAAAUAUCAACUCGAACAAGAAUUAGCAAGUAUUGAUGCACUUAUUAAUGAAUUGUAG